UCAAAAGCUUUCACUUAUUUCCGUUAGAAUAGACGGUACAAACAGGCAUGCUUCAUGAAUGGUUUAAGCCAACUAAAAAUGAACCAACAUUUCUUAGCAAUCCUGGAAAAAUGCAAUCAUCUCAACCAUCUGAAGCAACUCCAAUCCUUCAUCAUCACCCACGGCCAGUCCCAAACCCAAUUCUACAUCUUCAAGCUGCUUAUGCCUCUCACCCCAACUAUCAUACCUCUGCAUUUGCUCUUUAUCGUCACAUGCUUUGCAAGGGGAAGCCAACUCCCAACCAUUUUAUUUACCCUCAUGUCUUAAAAUCAGCUCCUGAGGUUUUGGAGUCCAAUGGCACAAAACUGGUUCAUACCCAGAUUUUUAAAUCGGGUUUUGGACAAUACCCAGUUGUUCAAACGGCUCUUGUUGAUUCGUAUUCGAGGACGGGUUCUUGCAUUGAGAUUGCAAGGGAUUUGUUUGAUGAAAUGUCUGAGAGGAAUGUUGUGUCUUGGACUGCUAUGGUUUCUGGGUAUAUGAGAGUAGGGGAUGUUGGAAAGGCUGUUUUGCUUUCUGAGAAGAUGCCUGAUAGGGAUGUUCCUUCUUGGAAUGCUGUUAUCGCAGGGUGCACACAGAAUGGAUUCUUUUCUGAGGCUAUUUCACUCUUGAGAAAGAUGGUAAUGGGGGGAAAAGAGGGAGUGAAUAGGCCCAAUCAGGUUACAGUUGUUUGCAGUCUAUCAGCUUGUGGAAACACUGGGAUGUUUCAGCUUGGUAAAUCAAUCCAUGGUUAUGUUUAUAGAAAUGGUAUUGGUAAUGAUUGUUUAGUAGCUAAUGCUUUGAUAGAUAUGUAUGGGAAAUGUGGGAGCUUAGAAACAGCAAAAAGGAUUUUUGAAAUGAGUUCCAAGAAAAACUUGACAUCUUGGAACUCUAUAAUCAAUUGUUUAGCGCUACAUGGACAAAGUGACAAGGCAAUUAGUGUGUUUGAGGAGAUGAUCAAUUGCAGAGUUGAUGAUAUAAGACCUGAUGAGAUUACCUUUAUCAGUCUGUUGAAUGCUUGUACACAUGGAGGAUUGGUUGAAAAAGGUCGUGCUUAUUUUGAGUUGAUGACUAGUAGUUACAAUAUUGAACCUCGGAUUGAUCACUAUGGUUGUUUAAUCGAUCUUCUUGGUAGGGCAGGAAAGUUUGAAGAAGCAUUGGAAGUCAUUAAUUGUAUGAAGAUGGAACCUGAUGAGGUUGUUUGGGGCUCAUUGCUAAAUGGGUGUAAAAUAUAUGGUCGCUUGGAUUUGGCAGAGCUUGCAGUAAAAAAAAUGAUUGAAAUUGACCCAAACAAUGGUGGUUAUGGCAUCAUGUUGGCAAAUUUAUAUGGAGAGUUAGGGAAAUGGGAUGAUGUACGCAAGUUAAGGAAGAAGUUGAAGGAGCAGAAUACUUAUAAGACCCCGGGUUGCAGUUGGAUUGAGGUUGAUAGCCAAGUUCAUCAAUUCUAUUCUGUUGAUAAGACACAUCCUAGAACUGAUGAGAUAUACAAUAUCCUGGAAAGCAUGGUUGGUUUGUACUAAGCUCAUAUUGUUUUCACAGUUUUGCCAGCCUGGGACAUUGGCUUUACAGUCCAAAUCUUCUUUUUGACACAGUGCUUUUACGAACAAGAUUGUCACUGAUAUAUCAGAAAACUUUUCUUAUAUUCUUUUAUUUUUGACAAACUUUGGCUCAUAUGCCAAGAACCCCGCAUGGGAACAGGUUUAAUGGCAAUCUAUUUUACUGGAAUGGAAGCAGAGCUUGCUUUAGCUGUGGCAGAACUUCUGUGAAACUUGUGAAACUGAAGGUUAUUUCCUUCAUGCUCCAAUGGAAUUUACAGGAAAGAAGAAGAAAAGUGUCAUACCAACUACUUUAAUAGAUGUACAAGAUGUGCAAAUCAGAACUGAUGGCUCUCUAGAGGUACAAGGGGAAAUAGAUGAUUCCAAAGAGCUGAAUGACCCUGCUUUUUUAAUGUUUCCCCCGACAUAUCUCGCGAGAAGGAAUGAGAAAUGAAGAACAAGAGCAAAAAGUUAAUAUUUGGUUGUGAUCGCCAUUAACAAAGCUUUCUCUCUUUAUAUUCAUCUUACAAGAUAUACAAAGUUUGUUAUACAAUUUAGCUGCUCUGAAUAAUUCUUGUAGACUGAAUAAACAAAUAGGAUUGAAGCAACCCAUUAUAUUCCAAAAUGUUAAAUUGGAGUUUUUUAAUGUGGGCAAAUUAAACGGGGAAAACCCAAAAAGGAGGAAAGCUUACCCUUCGCUCUACCUGUGGCUGAUCUAUCUUCUCCCCAUCAACUUCCUGACAAUUUUUGCCACCAUUUCCAGCAGAAGAGCUGGUUUCAGAAUGCUCAAAAUCAGGAUUUGCUUACCUCUACCUCUUCCAUUUCCAGGUGAUUGUUUAAUAGCUUUUUGCCCGCAAGCUGCCUGCAAAGAUGGUUCUGGAGUGCUCAUCACAGGUAUAGCAUACUUACCAGGGUUCUGGCUUUUCCUUGGUGGCUUGGGCACUGAUUUUUCCAAGGAUUUUCUUCGACAAUGAGAACCUA